AUGGCCUCCGAGACUCAAUUGCCCCCGGCUGCUGCGCCGGACACCGAUUCGGUGGUUGUGUAUAGCACGAACGCGCUGGAAGAACGGGAGACCACGGUCACAGAACGGGCACCAAAACCGAAGCCACCGCCUAUUGAUGUUACCGCAGCACAGCAAUACCAACAGCCGGACAACAAGACGCCCACGACGGUGCAGCCGCAAACGCCUGGCAGUUCAGCCUACAAGAGCAAGCUGGACAAGGAGAAGAAGAUUGGCCACCGGCGUGUCGACGAGGAGGGCCAAAUCACUUAUAAAAAGAUUCAAACAUCACAAAUUAUAGGUUCAAUUCAACUAGGCAUAGGUUACGCUGUUGGCAGUUUGGCGUCGAAACCAGAACGUGAUUUAUUGAUGCAAGACUUUGCCAUGGUGGAGUCGAUCUUCUUUCCUGGGGAGGGGAGCAAUCUCACACCAGCACAUCACUAUAGCGACUUCAAAUUUAAGGCGUACGCUCCAGUCGCCUUUCGAUACUUUAGGGACCUGUUUAGCAUAAAAACUGAAGAUUUUUUGAUGUCCUUGUGCCACGAACCGAUGAGGGAACUGACGAACCCUGGUGCCAGCGGGAGUGUAUUUUACCUCACCAACGACGAUGAGUUCAUUGUCAAAACAGUUCAGCACAAGGAAGCCGAGUUUUUGCAGAAUCUGCUUCCAGGUUACUACAUGAACUUGAACCAGAACCCACGAACACUGCUGCCCAAGUUCUAUGGCCUCUACUGCUACCAAUGUGGCGGCAAGAAUGUGCGUGUUGUGCUAAUGAACAACCUGCUUCCCUCGGUGGUGCCCAUGCACCAGAAGUACGACCUGAAGGGCUCCACUUACAAGCGAAAAGCGAACAAGCACGAGCGCAGCAAGCGCUCGCCGACCUUCAAGGACCUCGACUUUCUCGAGCACCAUCCUGAUGGCAUCCUGCUAGAGGCUGACACCUACAAUGCUCUCAUCAAGACCAUCCAACGGGACUGCCGGGUCUUGGAGAGCUUCAAAAUAAUGGACUACAGCCUCCUCGUAGGCAUUCACAACAUCGACCAGGCGUCGAGAGAACGGACAGAGCAGCAGUCUCAGGGUGCAAGGGAUGAAGUGAAACUCAAUUCAGCUGGCUCGGAAGAAGACUCCAGUUUCAAACCAACAGGAUCUGGGCUGACGCGGAGUAAGUCCGUAAACCGGCAACGGCUGGCGAACUUCUCCACUGCCAUGGAAUCAAUCCAGGCUGAUGUAGAGCCCAUUGAUCAUGACGAGGAUGUUCCAACCGGUGGCAUCCCAGCGAGGAACUCCAAAGGAGAGCGACUACUCUUGUUCAUUGGAGUCAUCGACAUAUUGCAAAGCUACCGGCUCAAGAAAAAGCUUGAGCACACGUGGAAGUCCAUGUUUCAUGAUGGGGACUCUGUUUCAGUGCACAGGCCCAGCUUCUAUGCACAACGGUUUCAGGACUUCAUGGCCAAAAGGGUCUUCAAGAAGAUUCCUUCUCUGGAUCUCCCUGAAAUCAAGGGCCCUCAUCGCAAAUUUAGAGCCCUGGUCUCUAGUGUCUUAGCACUGAAGCACUCGCCUUCAAAAAGGAAAGGAGCUCCAGGGAGAACACGUCAUGUUUCAGCCAACGAACAAGAUGUCAUCAAGGAGGAAACGGAAGCGGACACAUCACCAGGCAAAGAUCAAGACUCGGACUUGCCAGCAUCAGAGAAGAACUCUGUGUUCAAGUUCAGCGAUGCAGAAACGGCAGCCAUGAUGAAAGAAGCCUUGAGCUUGUCUUCGCACCCCGCUGGCACAGAGCGGAGCAAAUCCAACUCGGAACAUGUGCCAAAGUCGGUUGUGCUACGUUCGCCCGCCACUGUUGUCACCAUACGAGCCUCCGAAACAGUCAGCGUGAGCUCCCUGGGGCCAUCUGCCGUGCGAAACCUGACGUGGACUCCCCCCCACAGUGUGGAAGGCUCUACCCCCACGCACACGGAAGGCACACCUUCAUUUACCGAGUCCAGUUCCAGCGGAGACAUCGCUUGCCCAACGACGCCCCUUAAAAACUGGAUGAACAAGGGGUCGCAGCCUUCACUCGGUGACUCACAACAAGGGCUACACGACAGUGAAACGCCAGUGGCCAGCACUGCCUCUGUACGCCACGACCUCCUUAAUCCCAUUAACGAGGAUUGAAUGAAGAGAAAAUGCAAACAAACAAAAAGGCCCGCCUUGUGAACGACUGUUCUGUGUGCUGUAGUGUUGGUGGCAUCAAGAGGAACCACCAUCGGCCUGCAUGUGUGUGCGUGUCCGUGUCGUGUACGCCCGCUCGGCCUUGUGCGCCCUCCCCACACAACAUGACGAUGCUGGAUAUUUUUUGGAUGUUUCAGUGCUUCGUGUUACAUCCAUUCGCCUCCUUUAUUUAAUUUUUUUUUUUACUGUUGGCUUCCUGUCUGCUUGUCUGUCGAUUCCACCAAAGUUUCUACGAUCAAACCACUAAUAGACGCAGCAUUUUGGUCAACUAACAGCGUGUGUCACGUCGCUGUCAGCCAUGCAUCUGCAGCCUGAAGCUCUACUCAUGGUCACGUGAAGCAAAGGAAAUGAAAAGCUUGUGCGACCUGCUGACUUGCUGUCUCAAGCUUGACAACGAGAUUGUUUUGCUGUAUAGUUAGUCUUUACAGUGUAUAUGAUACAUGUGCAGGCUCUAUUUUUUGGUGUGAUUGCUCUUGCCCCACCUUCUUUUUUACAUUAUUUUCAAAUGUACACUCUUAUAAUUGAGAGUAUAUUGUAAGCAACUCUGGAACUCUGUUGUAAAAUCACAAGUCCUUUGUGUCUAUGUCCAUGGUCACAGCCAAUGCAUGUAAUACUGCUGCAUGAACCACUUAUGUGGCUACUAUAGAGGUCUUAUCAAGAAAGGGCUGCUUCAAAAGUUUCGUUAAUUGGUGUGAUAAAAAUGGGCUCUGAAUUCGAGGAAUCGAAGCAAGAGAAGAAGACAAUGAGGCUGCGGCCUUAUCGACUUCCUUCUUAUAUCACUGUCUAUUUCGCUCUGUAUGGUUUCAUCAAGAGUCAUUUCGUUCAGCUGGCCAUCUUUUAUUACUGGCUAUAAUGCGUACUGUGACACUGUGCAAUCUAUUUUGUUUUGUACAUUUAUGUUUGCUUUCAGGAAUGGAGAAGCAAUCUGAACUUCGCCUACCAGUUUCCAAUAGUUUCGUUUUGUACUGUAGCGUUCAGUUUCGGAAAUUUACGUUUGAUUUCUGAGAGCACUUUGCUAUGGUUGAAAGUGCAAGGGUUAUUGAUAUUGUCUUCUAAACCAGCAUGCCAUCGAAGAAGGCCUAUGAAGGCCCAGAUUGCCUAAAUCGCCAUUGUAAACCAUCCAAUUGUGCUAUAACGAGACUUCUACUAUUUGCCAAUUCCAAGUUCCUAAGUUGCAGAGACUUUCAGUAACGUGUCUUUUGAAUUGGAAGAUUUGGCAGUAUUCUUGCUUUUUCACUCUCUAAAGCAUAAAAAUUAAUUUCAGAUUUGAAAGUUCAUAUUUCUUUAUAUUUGUAGUUGCUUUUGAUAUCAAAGUUUUUGCUGUUAAAAUGCUCAUGUUACUUCAUCUUGUCAUAAUUACAAAGCUUAUUAAGGCUAGAUGAAAGAAUACACUUCAAAGUGCCUGGCUCUUUUGAAGCAGAAGUGAACAUCAGUAGGCAGAGAUAAAUGAUCUGUAUAGACACUUGGCUUUGUGUUGUAAAUUGUUGUCCCCUUGAAAAUGUCUUCAGCAUGGCAACGCAGUUCCGCUAUCAUCUAUGGGCGUGCACUGUCGCGGGGUGAGGGAAUGUAUUAUACCAGUGUUGUCCCCAGUUAAUCGCACCAUGUGAUUCGUGUACAGAGACUGCCGUCACCAUGUAGGUUACUUCACUGUGCCAUGGAUGUUGUCUGCCUUUACUUGUCCCAUUUGUGUGUGUAGAGCGGGAGUCCUAGGCAUCCUCUCAAUGCGUGUGUCACAGAUAAGUGCCACUUUUUGGCUUUGACUUUAGUGGAGACAUAUAGUUUCACGAACGUGCACUUCGAAGCCUUCUCAGCCGGUGUAUCCUUAACCGUAAGCGCUGUGUAACAUACGUAUCAUGGAGGCUCCUGUUGGCAAAACUAAGUGGAACAAAGGUGCUAGUGUGUCUACCCGUUUUUAGUCUUUUAAUCAGUGCAAUGUGUCGUGCGAGUUGCAGAAGCCCUUGGAAAAAGUUGCAUGAAAUAUUCGAUGUUGCAAUUUCAAUCUUUCCAUUGUAAAAUAAAAUUUCUUCUUUUUCCA